AUUCCUUCAUUUCUACCCUAGUGAGUUGGGAAAUUCCGGGGAAGAGGUCUGCUGUUUCUUGAACGUUUGCUGGGAAAGAACAUGGGAUUUGGGCAAACCCUCUGUAGUUUAUAAAAAGGACAAUGGAUCCCACUAGUUCUUCACUUUUCACUUUCACUUCACGGCCGCUUGACUCCUCACCUCCCCAUCUCCUCACCUCUCGCUACUUACAUUCACGAUGGCCUUCGCACCAAAAGCCUGCAGUCUUUUCCUGGUGGUUUUGCUGGGAGUUUGUAUACAGCUCAACGGAGCUCAGUACAUUCCAGGUGCCAGAUGCAAAUGCCCAGGAACCAUUAUGCACAUCCAGGAAAUCAUUGAUGACUUUGAAAUCAUUGAAAAGACCCAUUACUGCGACACUACUGAAAUCAUUGUUACACUGGCAGAAGAUGGAGCCACAAGGUGCCUGAACCCUGUUGGAAGAAAGGCCAUGUUUUUCAUCAACUGCUGGAACAAAAUAAACAAGGACGACAAUAAAAAGAAGAGGUGUCUUAAGAGAAAAGCAGAGUGAACGUAACGGAGGAGGGGAGAAGGGGCAUGGAAAACCCAACGGCUGGAUUUUCCCAGAAGUCAUGUGACCAAGAAGAAUGUUGGGGGCUGACACUGCACUUGAGGGAGCGGGAGUGAGAGAGAGAGAGAGAGUGAGAGAGAGAGAGAGAGAGAGAGAGAGAGAGAGAGAGAGAGAGAGUGAGAGAGAGAGAGAGAGUGAGAGUGAAGAGAGUGAGAGAGAGAGAGAGAGAACUAUAAGUAUACAACACUAAUUGUGAGACAUUUGAAGAUAUCAUAUGUAAAACUCUUUAUUUAUUUUUCUAUUUGUUAUUCAAAUAAGUGUUUAUUAAUGAACAGAUAAAUGUGAUUGAAAUUGAAAUAAAAAGGUUUUUGACACAA